UCCGCUCCCUCGCCGUUGUUGCCUCCGAUCUCAUCCCACCAAGCCCCAUCCGCCGUCGCGACGAGCGAAGGAGAAGCACGGGGGAGCCAGCCCCAGCCGCCAGCCAUGAGCCAACCCGACUUCUCCCCGUCGCAGUUCACCUCCUCCCAGAAUGCCGCCGCCGACUCCACCACACCGUCCAAGAUGCGGGGCGCAUCCGGCACCAUGCCGCUCACCGUGAAGCAGAUCGCCGACGCGCAGCAAUCUGGCACCGGCGACAAGGGCGCCCCAUUCGUCGUCGACGGCGUCGAGACGGCUAAUAUUAGACUUGUGGGGAUGGUGAACGGCAAGGCGGAGCGGACCACCGAUGUGUCAUUCACGCUCGACGACGGCACUGGCCGCCUCGAUUUCAUCAGAUGGGUGAAUGAUGCUUCAGAUUCUUCUGAAACUGCUGCUAUUCAGAACGGUAUGUAUGUCUCGGUCAUUGGUAGCCUCAAGGGACUUCAGGAGCGAAAGCGUGCUACUGCUUUCUCAAUCAGGCCCAUAACUGAUUUCAAUGAGGUUACACUGCAUUUCAUUCAGUGUGUUCGGAUGCAUAUAGAGAACACUAAAUCUAAGGUUGGCAGUCCCGCACGAACCAAUUCUUCAAUGGGACUGUCCGUCUCAAAUGGAUUCAGUGAAUCAAGCACACCAACAUCUUUGAAAUCCAAUCCAGCACCUGUGACUGGUGGAGCAAAUGGAAAUGACACUGAUUUGAACACACAGGUGCUGAAUAUUUUCCGUGAACCAGCAAACAUUGAGAGUGAGCAUGGGGUGCACAUUCAUGAGAUAGUGAAGCGGCUCAAACUGCCGGAGGAGAAGAUCAGGGAAGCUAUUGUUUACAAUGAGGAUUGCGGGCAUAUUUACUCAACAAUUGAUGAUUUUCACUUCAAGUCAGCUUUGACUGACUGAAGUUGCAACCGAAACCAAGCAUGUUUACUAGUAUCCUGGCUGGCUGCUUGCAAGGCAGAUUAUCCUAGAGGGGGGCAUGUUAAUAACCAUCUGUGGUAUGAGGGACCUGCUUCCACCUUGUUGCACUAAGUUAGGAAGGAAAGAGCGGUGUGAGAAAAGACUGACUGAUGGUGUUAACCCUAGCUAAGAUUAUCCUAUUAUAUGUAUGGUGUAUGGAAAUAUCGUGUUGUUGCGUCUCGGUUAAUUUCUUGGCAUCAUGAGAUGAAGUUGUGACAGAGGAAUGAAGUUGCUGGGUAGGUAUGAAGUCUAGUGUGUGCAAGUUA